CAGUCUGUCAGAGCCGCUGGGUGAUGUUAGGGCCGCCUUGGAGUGGGAGAAUCCGCUCUGGACACCAUUGCUCCCUGGGAUUACUUUGAAUGAGUUUGCUAUAAACAGCUUGACUUACAUAACAGCUAGUAAUUCAGUUAGUGCACCCUCAGCUAGCUUUCUCGUAUAUUUUCAGAUCAGGGGACCCGAUUAAUUACAAGUAAUUUUGGAAUAGGCCGCCAUUGUAUAUAUCCUAUACAUUAUUUUCUUUCUCAUAGGUGUCAAGUGCGGUCGUUGCGGAGGAUAAUUUACAAGAGGUGAAUCUUAGAGCGCUCAUUAUGUCAGUGGUAGGCAUUGAUGUGGGUUUCCAAAAUUGUUACAUCGCUGUGGCCAGGAGCGGUGGCAUUGAAACCAUUGCCAAUGACUACAGUGACAGAUGCACACCGGCUUGUGUGUCUUUGGCCUCCAAAAACCGCAUGAUUGGAAAUGCAGCCAAAAGUCAAAUCAUAACAAACUUCAAAAAUACAGUCCAUGGCUUCAAAAAGUUCCACGGCAGAGCAUUUGAUGACCCAUUUGUCCAAGCGGAAAAACACAAACUGCCUUACAGCUUACAUAAACUGGCCAAUGGAAACACUGGAAUUAAGGUGCGUUAUUUGGAUGAGGACAAAGUGUUCACAGUUGAGCAGAUCACAGGGAUGCUGCUCAACAAGCUGAAGGAGACGUCAGAGAGCGUGCUGAAGAAGCCGGUGGUGGACUGUGUCAUUUCUGUCCCAAGUUUUUGCACAGAUGCUGAAAGACGGUCGGUGUUUGAUGCAACUCAAAUUGCAGGGCUGAACUGUUUGCGGCUAAUUAAUGAUACUACUGCAGUGGCUUUGGCCUAUGGGAUCUACAAACAGGACCUUCCUACUCCAGAAGAGAGGCCAAGAAAUGUGGUGUUUGUGGAUAUGGGACAUUCAUCAUUCCAGGUCUCCAUCACUGCCUUUAACAAAGGCAAACUCAAGGUCCUCGCCACUGCGUUUGACCCAUACCUUGGUGGACGCAAUUUUGACGAGGCGUUGGUAGAUUACUUCUGCGAGGAGUUUAAGGGCAAGUACAAGCUUAAUGUGAGGGACAACCCAAGGGCUCUGCUGCGGCUCCACCAGGAGUGCGAGAAACUGAAGAAGCUCAUGAGUGCCAACUCCUCCGAUCUGCCUCUGAACAUAGAGUGCUUCAUGAAUGACAUUGAUGUUUCCAGCAGGAUGAACAGGGGCCAUUUUGAAGACAUGUGUGCUCAAUAUCUGAUGAGAGUAGAGAUGCCACUGAAAGUAGCCCUUGAACAAUCAAAGCUGAGCCGGGAUGACAUCUAUGCAGUGGAGAUAGUUGGAGGAGCCACGAGAAGCCCAGCUAUCAAAGAGAGAAUCAGCAAGUUUUUCGGCAAAGACAUCAGCACCACGCUCAACGCAGACGAAGCUGUCGCUAGGGGCUGCGCACUUCAGUGUGCGAUUUUGUCUCCAGCAUUUAAGGUGCGCGAAUUCUCCAUCACUGACGUGGUUCCCUUUCCCAUUACUCUUCGCUGGAAAUCACCAACAGAGGAUGGAUUGGGAGAGUGUGAGGUGUUCAGUAAGAAUCACGCUGCUCCGUUUUCCAAAGUGAUCACCUUUCACAAGAAGGAACCCUUUGACCUUGAAGCCUUCUACAGCAGCCCUCAAGAUCUCCCCUACCCAGACCACAGGAUAGGAUGUUUUUCUGUACAGAAUGUGGUUCCCCAGCCAGACGGCGACAGUUCCAAAGUGAAGGUCAAAGUGCGUGUUAACGUCCAUGGCAUCUUCAGUGUGUCCAGCGCCUCUCUGAUCGAGAAGCAGAAAGGAGAGGGGGAGGACAUGCAAACAGACUCAGAGCCAAUGAUGCAGAAUGAAGGCAGGGCAGAGGACCAGACCAAAAUGCAGGUGGACCAGGAAGGCCAAAGCCAAGGGGACCAGCAGAGUGAGGACAACAGUUCCAGCAGUAAGGAGGGGGCGGCUGGGGAAAAGCAGGACCCAGCAGCAGGGGGAAGCAAGCCCAAAGUCAAAGUAAAGAGUAUUGAUCUGCCCAUCGUGGCCAACAACAUUCGACAGCUCGACAGUGACGUCCUUAACGACUUUGUGGAGUAUGAGCGUCAGAUGAUUAUCCAGGACAAACUAGUGAAAGAGCUUAAUGAUGCUAAAAAUGCUGUUGAGGAGUAUGUAUACGAUCUGCGGGACAAACUUUGUGGGAUCUAUGAAAAGUACAUCACUGAGGAGGACAGUAAUCGGCUGUCACUGAUGCUGGAGGACACAGAGAACUGGCUGUAUGAGGAUGGAGAGGACCAACCCAAACAAGUCUAUGAGGAAAAGCUAGAUGCACUCAAGCGGUUGGGUCAACCCAUCCAGGACCGGCACAGAGAGCAUGAGGACAGGCCGAGGGCUUUUGAAGAGCUGGGAAAGAAACUGCAACUCUACAUGAAGUUUGUAGAUUCCUUUAAGCAGAAGGAUGAGCGAUACCUGCAUUUGAGUGCAGAGGACAUGAGCACUGUGGAGAAGUGUGUGAGUGAAAGCAUGGGCUGGAUGAACAGCAAGAUGAAUGCACAGAGCAAACUCACUAUUACUCAAGAUCCCAUUGUUAAAGUAGCAGACAUCAUUGCCAAAAUACAGGAACUAGAGGAUGUAUGUAAUCCAGUGUUCAACAGGCCAAAGCCUGCAGUGGAGGAGGCCCCUGAAGUGAAUGACCAAAACAGUGGAGCUCAUAAUGGCCCAACAGCCAAGCAAGGAGCAGAAGGGAAGGGAGACACAAAGGGAAGCCAGCAGGCAAAGCCUGGCACAAAAGAGAUGGAGGUGGACUGAGAUCAGUGUCUGAGGAGCAAACUCUGCAACCAUCACUGCGUUUACCACAACUGACCAUUUAAGACCAUUUAAACAGUAGAAACAUCAAUACCUGGGACCAUUACUCCAUCGUCACCAGCCACUUUUGUGGAUUUGUUUUUUUGUGCCCCCCCCUCCCACUGGACUUUACUUUUUGAGGUUUUUCUUGUCACCCUUUCAUCCUUAUGUGUGACAAUGGUGUGCUUUACUCUCUUUGACAUACUUAAUAAAUGAAGGAAUGAUGCAAUAGAUUAAACUCUGAUUCUAACGUAAAACAGUUUCCUCUGUACCAUACAGGAAGGUACUCUUUGUGUUUGCAUUCCAUGUGUCUCAUAAGCGUCCAGUAUCAGCAGUAAAUCCUAUCACUCUUAAGAGAAAUAGAUAGUGCUGUCCAAACAAUUGCUAUUGCGGAACUAUUAGUAUGCAACAAUACAAAUUAUAUAUAUUUGUAUUUAAUGAGUUUGAAAUUAUGUCCAUGUCUAGAAACUGUAAAUACUAUUUUAGUAAAUAAAAGCAGCCAGCAUAUAUAAUAUAUGUACAUAAAGAACGUAUUCCUAGUACAAUGGCAAUGCUUAAUGCACCAAAUCUAAUUAGUAAGUGAUUGGUUUCCUUUUUUGUUUUCUUGCAUUUUUCCAUACUUAAGUCAUGGGAUUUAAAGAUGGCAAAAAUAAAUACAUUUGUCUGUAAGACAAAAUUUCUUUA